GGAGGCCGCGGCCGCCAUGUUGUUGUGGGGCUGAGGCGGCGCCCGCGGAGCCCUGAGCGGCCGUGACAGGCUACGCAACAGGUUCGCUGGCGGCGGCCUGACGACCAAGCCGGCUGCAGCGGCGGCGACGGCGGCAGAGCAGGGUCUCCCGGCGUCUGCCCGCGCCCAGACUGCCGGUGCUGAGGAGCGCGGAGUCGUGCUGUGACGUGCGGGAGGCGCGGCGAGGGCGCCAGAUGGCCGAGAGCUAGCAAGGAAAACUCAGGACCAUGAUGGCUCAGUUUCCCACAGCUAUGAAUGGAGGACCAAACAUGUGGGCUAUUACCUCUGAAGAACGUACUAAGCAUGACAGGCAGUUUGAUAACCUCAAACCUUCAGGAGGUUACAUAACAGGUGAUCAAGCACGUAAUUUUUUCCUACAAUCAGGUCUACCGGCCCCUGUUUUAGCUGAAAUAUGGGCUUUAUCAGACCUAAACAAGGAUGGGAAGAUGGAUCAGCAAGAGUUCUCCAUAGCUAUGAAACUCAUCAAACUGAAGCUUCAAGGCCAGCAAUUGCCUGUGGUUCUCCCUCCCAUUAUGAAGCAACCCCCUAUGUUUUCUCCAUUAAUUUCUGCUCGUUUUGGAAUGGGAAGCAUGCCCAAUCUGUCCAUUCCUCAGCCAUUGCCUGCAGCUGCACCUAUAACAUCAUUGUCCUCUGCGACUUCAGGGACCAACCUUCCUCCCUUAAUGAUGCCCGCUCCCCUAGUGCCUUCUGUUAGCACAUCAUCAUUACCAAAUGGAACCGCCAGUCUCAUUCAGCCUUUAUCCAUUCCUUAUUCUUCUUCAACAUUGCCUCAUGGGUCAUCUUACAGUCUGAUGAUGGGAGGAUUUGGAGGUGCUAGUAUACAGAAAGCGCAGUCUCUGAUUGAUUUAGGAUCUAGUAGCUCAACUUCCUCGACUGCUUCACUCUCAGGGAACUCACCCAAGACUGGGACCUCAGAGUGGGCAGUUCCUCAGCCUUCAAGAUUAAAAUAUCGGCAAAAAUUUAAUAGUCUUGACAAAAGCAUGAGUGGAUAUCUCUCAGGUUUUCAAGCUAGAAAUGCCCUUCUUCAGUCAAAUCUUUCUCAAACUCAGCUAGCUACCAUUUGGACUCUGGCUGACAUUGAUGGUGAUGGACAGCUAAAAGCAGAAGAGUUUAUUCUUGCGAUGCACCUUACUGACAUGGCCAAAGCUGGACAGCCAUUACCACUGACUUUACCUCCUGAGCUUGUGCCUCCAUCUUUCAGAGGAGGAAAGCAAAUUGAUUCCAUUAAUGGAACUCUGCCUUCAUAUCAGAAAAUACAAGAAGAGGAACCUCAGAAGAAAUUACCAGUUACUUUUGAGGACAAACGGAAAGCCAACUAUGAGCGAGGGAACAUGGAGCUAGAGAAGCGACGCCAAGCCUUGAUGGAGCAGCAACAGAGGGAGGCAGAACGUAAAGCCCAGAAAGAAAAGGAAGAGUGGGAACGAAAACAGAGAGAAUUACAAGAACAAGAAUGGAAGAAACAACUUGAAUUAGAAAAACGCUUGGAGAAGCAACGGGAAUUGGAGAGACAACGAGAGGAAGAAAGGAGAAAAGAGAUAGAAAGACGAGAGGCAGCAAAACAGGAACUUGAACGACAACGUCGCUUAGAAUGGGAGAGAAUUCGGCGACAGGAACUUCUCAAUCAAAAGAAUAGAGAACAAGAAGAAAUUGUCAGGUUAAACUCUAAAAAGAAGAGUCUUCAUCUUGAGUUGGAAGCACUGAAUGGCAAACAUCAGCAGAUCUCAGGCAGACUUCAGGAUGUCCGACUCAAAAAGCAAACUCAAAAGACUGAGCUGGAAGUUCUGGAUAAGCAGUGUGACUUGGAAAUUAUGGAAAUCAAGCAACUUCAACAGGAACUUCAGGAGUAUCAGAAUAAGCUUAUCUAUCUGGUACCUGAGAAGCAAUUAUUAAAUGAAAGAAUUAAAAACAUGCAGUUCAGUAACACACCUGAUUCAGGGGUCAGUUUACUUCAUAAAAAAUCAUUAGAAAAGCAAGAAUUAUGCCAAAGACUUAAAGAACAAUUAGAUGCUCUUGAAAAAGAAACUGCAUCUAAGCUAUCAGAAAUGGAUUCUUAUAACAAUCAACUAAAGUGUGGGAAUAUGGAUGACUCUGUUCUUCAGUGCCUUUUGUCUCUGCUAAGCUGUCUCAACAACCUCUUCCUCUUACUUAAGGAAUUGAGAGAAACCUGCAACACACAGCAGUUAGCCCUUGAACAACUUUAUAAGAUCAAACGUGACAAGUUGAAGGAAAUUGAAAGAAAAAGAUUAGAACUAAUACAGAAAAAGAAACUAGAAGAUGAGGCUGCAAGGAAAGCAAAGCAAGGAAAAGAAAACUUAUGGAAAGAAAAUCUUAGAAGGGAGGAAGAAGAAAAACAAAAGCGACUCCAGGAAGAAAAAACACAAGAAAAAAUUCAAGAAGAGGAACGGAAAGCUGAGGAGAAACAACGUAAGGAUAAGGAUACUUUGAAAGCUGAGGAGAAACAACGUGAGACAGCUAGUGUUUUGGUGAAUUAUAGAGCAUUAUACCCCUUUGAAGCAAGGAACCAUGAUGAGAUGAGUUUUAAUUCUGGGGAUAUAAUUCAGGUUGAUGAAAAAACCAUAGGAGAACCUGGUUGGCUUUACGGCAGUUUUCAAGGAAAUUUUGGCUGGUUUCCAUGCAAUUAUGUAGAAAAAAUGCCAUCAAGUGAAAAUGAAAAAGCUGUAUCUCCAAAGAAGGCCUUACUUCCUCCUACAGUUUCUUUAUCUGCUACCUCAACUUCCUCUGAACCACUUUCUUCAAAUCAACCAGCAUCAGUGACUGAUUAUCAAAAUGUAUCUUUUUCAAACCUAACUGUAAAUACAUCAUGGCAGAAAAAAUCAGCCUUCACUCGAACUGUGUCCCCUGGAUCUGUGUCACCUAUUCAUGGACAGGGACAAGUAGUAGAAAACCUAAAAGCACAGGCCCUUUGUUCCUGGACUGCAAAGAAAGAUAACCACUUGAACUUCUCAAAACAUGACAUUAUUACUGUCUUGGAGCAGCAAGAAAAUUGGUGGUUUGGGGAGGUGCAUGGAGGAAGAGGAUGGUUUCCAAAAUCUUAUGUCAAGAUCAUUCCUGGGAGUGAAGUAAAACGGGAAGAACCAGAAGCUUUGUAUGCAGCUAUUAAUAAGAAACCUACCUCGGCAGCCUAUUCAGUUGGAGAAGAAUAUAUUGCACUUUAUCCAUAUUCAAGUGUGGAACCUGGAGAUUUGACUUUCACAGAAGGUGAAGAAAUAUUGGUGACCCAGAAAGAUGGAGAGUGGUGGACAGGAAGUAUUGGAGAUAGAAGUGGAAUUUUUCCAUCAAACUAUGUCAAACCAAAGGAUCAAGAGAGUUUUGGGAGUGCUAGCAAGUCUGGAGCAUCAAAUAAAAAACCUGAGAUUGCUCAGGUAACUUCAGCAUAUGUUGCUUCUGGUUCUGAACAACUUAGCCUUGCACCAGGACAGUUAAUAUUAAUUCUAAAGAAAAAUACAAGUGGGUGGUGGCAAGGAGAGUUACAGGCCAGAGGAAAAAAGCGACAGAAAGGAUGGUUUCCUGCCAGUCAUGUUAAACUUUUGGGUCCAAGCAGUGAAAGAGCCACACCUGCCUUUCAUCCUGUAUGUCAGGUGAUUGCUAUGUAUGACUAUGCAGCCAAUAAUGAAGAUGAGCUCAGUUUCUCCAAGGGACAACUCAUUAAUGUUAUGAACAAAGAUGAUCCUGAUUGGUGGCAAGGAGAGAUCAAUGGGGUGACUGGUCUCUUUCCUUCAAACUACGUUAAGAUGACGACAGACUCAGAUCCAAGUCAACAGUGGUGUGCUGAUCUGCAAACCCUGGACACAAUGCAGCCAAUUGAGAGGAAAAGACAGGGCUAUAUUCACGAGCUGAUUCAGACCGAAGAGCGGUACAUGGCCGACCUUCAGCUCGUCAUCGAGGUUUUUCAGAAACGCAUGGCAGAGUCAGGCUUUCUCACUGAAGGGGAGAUGGCCCUGAUUUUUGUUAACUGGAAAGAGCUCAUCAUGUCCAACACGAAGCUGCUGAAGGCUUUGCGGGUGCGGAAGAAGACCGGGGGCGAGAAGAUGCCGGUGCAGAUGGUUGGGGACAUCCUGGCAGCUGAGCUGUCCCACAUGCAGGCCUACAUCAGGUUCUGCAGCUGCCAGCUUAAUGGAGCAGCUCUGCUACAGCAGAAGACAGAUGAAGACACAGACUUCAAAGAAUUUUUAAAGAAGCUGGCAUCUGACCCGCGGUGUAAAGGAAUGCCCCUCUCCAGCUUCCUGCUGAAACCCAUGCAGAGGAUCACCCGCUACCCACUGCUCAUCAGAAGUAUUCUGGAGAACACCCCGGAGAGCCACGCGGACCAUUCCUCCCUAAAGCUGGCCCUCGAGCGCGCAGAGGAGCUGUGCUCUCAAGUGAAUGAGGGAGUUCGGGAGAAGGAAAACUCGGACCGACUGGAGUGGAUCCAGGCGCACGUGCAGUGCGAAGGCCUCGCGGAGCAACUUAUUUUCAACUCUCUCACCAACUGCCUGGGGCCCCGGAAGCUCUUGCACAGUGGGAAAUUAUACAAGACCAAGAGCAAUAAGGAACUGCACGGAUUCCUCUUCAAUGACUUCCUGCUUCUUACCUACAUGGUCAAGCAGUUUGCUGUUUCCUCUGGCUCUGAGAAACUUUUCAGCUCGAAGUCCAAUGCUCAAUUCAAAAUGUAUAAAACGCCCAUUUUCCUGAAUGAAGUCUUGGUGAAACUGCCCACAGACCCUUCCAGCGAUGAGCCUGUCUUCCACAUUUCCCACAUUGAUCGGGUCUACACCCUCCGAACAGACAACAUUAAUGAGAGGACCGCCUGGGUGCAGAAGAUCAAGGCGGCGUCUGAGCAAUACAUCGACACUGAGAAGAAGAAGCGCGAGAAAGCUUACCAAGCCCGCUCCCAAAAGACUUCAGGCAUUGGGCGCCUGAUGGUGCAUGUCAUUGAAGCUACAGAAUUAAAAGCCUGCAAACCAAAUGGGAAGAGCAACCCAUACUGUGAAAUCAGCAUGGGCUCCCAGAGCUACACCACCAGGACCAUCCAGGACACACUCAAUCCCAAGUGGAAUUUUAACUGCCAGUUCUUCAUUAAGGAUCUGUACCAAGAUGUGCUGUGUCUCACCCUGUUUGACAGAGACCAGUUUUCACCAGAUGAUUUCCUGGGUCGUACUGAAAUUCCAGUGGCCAAAAUUCGAACUGAACAGGAAAGCAAAGGCCCUGUGACCCGCCGACUGCUACUGCACGAGGUCCCCACCGGGGAGGUCUGGGUCCGCUUUGACUUGCAGCUUUUUGAGCAAAAAACUCUCCUGUAGGGGUUCUAAAGGACAGCACCAGUGGGACAGCCCACAAGGCUGGGGCUGGAGAACAAGAGACUGCGCUCUCUUAGGGCUGAGGGAGCACCAUGCAGCUUCACCCCUCACAAAGCCACGCACGCUGGGGGCUCUGUUUUCCUGCACACUAAAUAGCUAGCAAUCUAUGCAAACACCUUUCCUAAAAAGAAACCAAACCCCGUAGUACAGUGCCUUGUCCUAGUGUUCACAUGUUCAGCUGUGUUUCGAUGCCAAGGUUUCCAUUUUCAGGGCUAUAAAAAGUAUUACAUGGAAAUGAGGCAUCAGACCACCAGACGUUACCGCUCGGUUGAAUGUGUCCACCGUGGAGUGGUUUGGUGACGCUGUAACCAUUCCACGCCAGUGACCUCUGCUGGGUCACAGCCACUCAGGAGGGGAAGGGUCAGGAUGAGAGGCUGCAGCCUUGACGCUUGCGCAGCCUGAUACUGAAAUAGCGUCUACUCGUGCACUGAAUAAAAACAGAAACUUGAUCAUUUUUUUCCUGAUUAGAUUUUAUCAGUCUCUGCUAAGACAAUAUAGUCUGGAGUAUAAGUGGGAAAGCUUGAUUUAAAUACUGUGAACUCUAAUAAUGUGGAAAAUAUUUUUCAACUUUAAUUUUCUGAAGUAUAAAUUAUUUAUGUAAAUUCAUUGUUUUUGCAUUUCAUAGGACAUGCAUCUUUAAGCUUUAUCAUUGCCAAUAUGUACAGAAAGAGAAUAAAGACAUAUGUUUAUGGAUGGAA